AUGGCGUCUUUCAUCAAGUUACAACACUUUGAAACAUAUCCCGGCGUGUCCCCUGCUCGACUUGUUGGGGAGUUUUCCCGAAGAACAGUCUUAUUGACCGGAGGCGGCUCGGGGAUCGGGGCCACCAUAGCUCGUUCUUUUGCCGAAGCCAACACUGCGAAACUCAUACUCAUAGGCCGUACAGAAUCUACUCUGAAAGAAACCUCUACGGUCCUCCGCACCGAGUUUCCAGGGCUAGAUGUCACUUAUCAUGUCGCCGAUAUUUCCGCUCCGGAGCAACUAGCCGAGGUUUUCACAGCCAUCGGUAGCUCGCCAGAUGUCCUAGUCAACAACGCCGGCUAUUUACCGGAGCCAGGAAGUUUCGUUGAUGCAGACUUAAAGGACUGGUGGCAGGCGUUCCAGAUCAACGUAUUGGGGACGGCGACCGUGACACAAAUGUAUCUCAGGCACCGCAGAGCUCAAAGUACCAGUACGCCAGGUGUGAUAGUUAACAUCAAUACCAGGGCAGCGUUCGAGACGCACUUACCUGGCUUGAGUGGCUAUGGAGCUAGCAAGGCUGCCAUUUUGCGCCUGGCAGAAGCCAUCACCGAUGACGUUCCAGCAUCUGAAGCGCGAGUGAUCUCUAUCCACCCUGGAGCCGUGAAAUCGGCUAUGCUCACAAAGUCAAAGCUGAAUCGACCAUUGACUGAUGUGAAGCUUGCGGCGGACUUUGUGGUCUGGACCGCUUCGAGCAAGGCGGCUUUCUUGAAUGGACGGUUUGUGUGGGUGAACUGGGACGUAGAGGAAUUGGAAUCUUGGAAAGAUGUGAUUAUUGACAGGGACCUUCUUAGGACGAGUAUCAAGGAAGUUUAG